AGCAAUCAGCUAAUAUUAAUAUUCCUGCUGAACGUGAACAAGAAUACAUGAAAACAAAUGGAGCCAAAAGCUGAGAAUAGUUAUGUGCAAGAAGAGGAGGGGUUAGGUUGGGGAAAAUCAUUACCUGUACCAAGUGUUCAGGAGAUCGUGAGGAAUGACUCUCAGAUUGUACCUGAAAAAUACAUACAAGAACGCAAGGACAGGCCGACAGUUGACUCUGAGUUCUCUCCUAAUUCAUCCGAAAUACCAGUAAUAAACUUCUCCUUGCUGGAAAAUGGAGAUGAAGAUGAACUUGGAAAACUAGACAUUGCUUGCAAGGAAUGGGGUUUCUUUCAGAUAACAAAUCAUGGGGUGCCGCAGAAGGUUUUGGAUAAUAUGAAAGCGGCCGUAGCAGCGUUUUAUGAACUUCCCCUGGAAGAGAAAAAGAAGUAUGCUAUGGCAGAAAAUGAUCUUCAAGGAUAUGGACAAGGCUAUGUCGUCUCAGAGGAGCAAAAACUUGAUUGGGGUGACCUGAUAUUCUUAAUGACUCUCCCACCUGAGAUUAGGAUAUUCAAGCACUGGCCAUUGACAUUACCCGGCUUCAAGGAGGCGGUAGAAAACUACUCCGCCGAAAUGCAGAAGUUAAGUGAUGAACUAGCUGCUAAGCUAUCAUUGCUGAUGGGAAUGGAUAAAGAUGGACUGAAAAAGUUGUACGGAGAGAUGAAACAAGCAUUGCGACUGAACUACUAUCCAGCUUGCUCGAGGCCUGAUCUUGUUCUUGGUGUUAGCGCCCAUUCUGAUGCAAGUGCAUUAACCUUACUUCUGCAAGAUGAUGAGAUCACUGCCCUCCAAAUUAGGCACAAAGGAACAUGGGUUCCUGUAAAACCGAUUCCAAAUGCACUCGUUGUGAACAUCGGCGAUGUUGCUGAGGCAUGGAGCAAUGGCGUCUACAAAAGCAUUGAACACAGGGCUGUCACAAAUGUGAAUAAAGCAAGAAUGUCAAUAGCUACAUUUAUGAUGCCUAAUGAAGAGUUGGAAAUUGGUCCACUGGAAUCAAUGAUGGACGAUAAGCAUCGCCCCAAGCUAUACAGAAAGAUUAAGUACGUCGAUUACAUUAGACACACUUUGGAGAGGAAAAUGGAUGGCAAAGCUCACACUGAAUAUCUGAAGCUGGAAAGUGUAUGAUUGUUUUCAGGUUAACGGGUUUCGUACGAUCAGGCAUCAGCUGAUGGCUUGAAGCCGUU